GCCCACUUCCGCUUCCCAUGCGGGGGAUGGCGGCAGAGCCGGUGGGCUGCGGCGGCUCCAGGUACCUGCCCGAGCGUAGCACUGCGCAGUCCGCCCCCCGGUCGCAGGGGCGCUCCUGAGCUUCGCGGGGCCGCCUCUAGGGCUGCCUGCGCGGAGAGCCGACCGCGGCCGACGUCGGUGUUAAGUGGCCGCCCCGGCCGGCUACCCGGAGCCAAGAGCAGGCGGCGCAGCCUGAGCGGGACGUGGCCACGCUGGCGCGGCGGAUCCAAGCCCGCCAUUGGUCGGCUUCCGUUACGCCGCUGAUGUGGAGUAGGGCCGAGCGCGGAACGCGAGGGGCUGCCGGGGUGUUUGUCGCAACGGGUUUUCCUCGGCGGUUUGCGGAGCUGCUAGGAUGGAGCAGGUUGCGGAGGGAGCAAGGGUAACCGCAGUCCCUGUGUCAGCUGCCGACAGCACUGAGGAGUUGGCCGAAGUCGAAGAAGGAGUUGGAGUAGUGGGCGAAGAUAAUGACGCAGCCGCGAGAGGAGCGGAGGCCUUUGGCGACAGUGAGGAGGACGGAGAGGAUGUGUUCGAGGUGGAGAAGAUCCUGGACAUGAAGACCGAGGGGGGUAAAGUUCUUUACAAAGUUCGCUGGAAAGGCUAUACAUCGGAUGAUGAUACCUGGGAGCCCGAGAUUCACCUGGAGGACUGUAAAGAAGUGCUUCUUGAAUUUAGGAAGAAAAUUGCAGAGAACAAAGCCAAAGCAGUCAGGAAGGAUAUUCAGAGACUAUCCUUAAAUAACGACAUAUUUGAGGCGAACUCUGAUAGCGAUCAGCAAAGUGAGACAAAAGAAGAUACUUCCCCAAAGAAGAAAAAGAAAAAAUUAAGGCAGAGAGAAGAGAAAAGCCCAGAUGAUCUGAAAAAGAAAAAAGCAAAGGCCGGGAAGCUAAAAGACAAGUCCAAACCAGACCUGGAGAGCUCCUUGGAAAGUUUAGUUUUUGAUUUAAGGACAAAGAAAAGAAUUUCUGAAGCCAAAGAAGAACUAAAGGAGUCCAAAAAGCCCAAAAAAGAUGAAGUAAAAGAAACAAAGGACUUAAAGAAAGUUAAAAAGGGUGAAAUAAGAGAUAUAAAGAUGAAAACAAGAGAAGAUCCCAAAGAAAAUAGAAAAACAAAAAAAGAAAAAUUUGUCGAAUCCCAGGUGGAAUCUGAAUCAAGUGUACUUAAUGAUUCCCCCUUUCCGGAGGAUGACAGUGAAGGGCUACAUUCCGACAGCAGAGAAGAGAAACAAAACACUAAAAGUGCAAGAGAGAGAGCAGGGCAGGACAUGGGGCUGGAGCAUGGCUUUGAGAAGCCCCUAGACAGUGCCAUGAGUGCUGAGGAGGAUACCGAUGUCAGAGGCAGGAGGAAAAAGAAGACCCCGAGAAAGGCUGAGGACACUAGAGAGAACAGGAAGCUAGAGAACAAGAACGCUUUCUUAGAGAAGAAAACUGUGCCUAAAAAGCAGAGGAAUCAAGACAGAGGCAAAAGUGCUGCAGAGUUAGAGAAGCUGAUGCCUGUAUCUGCCCAAACGCCAAAGGGCUGGAGGUUGAGCGGGGAAGAGAGAGGCCUCUGGUCCACGGACUCAGCCGAGGAGGACAAAGAAACCAAAAGAAAUGAAUCCAAAGAAAAAUAUCAGAAAAGGCAUGAUUCUGACAAGGAAGAAAAAGGCAGAAAAGAGCCAAAAGGAUUAAAGACACUUAAGGAAAUCAGAAAUGCAUUUGAUUUAUUUAAAUUAACUCCAGAAGAAAAAAAUGAUGUUUCUGAGAAUAAUCGGAAAAGGGAAGAAAUACCGCUGGAUUUUAAAACCAUAGACGAUCACAAAACCAAGGAAAACAAACAGUCACUUAAAGAAAGGAGAAACACCAGAGACGAAACGGAUACUUGGGCAUACAUUGCUGCAGAAGGUGAUCAGGAGGUUUUAGACAGCGUGUGCCAAGCAGAUGAGAAUUCGGAUGGCAGGCAGCAGAUUCUGAGUUUGGGCAUGGACCUGCAGUUGGAAUGGAUGAAGUUAGAAGAUUUCCAAAAGCACCUUGAUGGGAAAGAUGAGAAUUUUGCUGCAACAGAUGCAAUUCCAAGUAAUGUGUUAAGGGAUGCUGUGAAAAAUGGGGAUUAUAUUACUGUAAAAGUUGCACUUAAUUCAAAUGAAGAAUAUAACCUGGACCAAGAGGAUUCCAGCGGAAUGACACUGGUGAUGCUUGCCGCCGCCGGAGGGCAGGAUGACCUCCUGCGACUCCUCAUCACAAAAGGCGCGAAAGUGAACGGUCGGCAGAAGAACGGGACCACUGCCCUCAUUCAUGCUGCGGAGAAGAACUUUUUAACAACAGUGGCUAUUCUUUUGGAAGCAGGAGCUUUUGUAAAUGUCCAGCAAAGCAAUGGUGAGACUGCACUGAUGAAGGCCUGUAAAAGAGGAAAUUCAGACAUCGUACGACUCGUAAUUGAAUGUGGAGCUGACUGCAAUAUUUUGUCAAAGCACCAGAAUAGUGCCCUGCACUUUGCGAAGCAGUCUAACAAUGUGCUUGUGUACGACUUGCUGAAGAACCAUUUAGAGACACUUUCAAGAGUAGCAGAAGAGACAAUAAAGGAUUACUUUGAAGCUCGCCUUGCUCUGCUAGAACCAGUUUUUCCAAUCGCAUGUCAUCGACUCUGUGAGGGUCCAGAUUUUUCAACAGAUUUCAAUUACAAACCCCCACAGAACAUACCAGAAGGCUCUGGCAUCCUGCUGUUUAUCUUCCAUGCAAACUUUUUGGGUAAAGAAGUUAUUGCUCGGCUCUGUGGACCGUGUAGUGUACAAGCUGUAGUUCUGAAUGAUAAAUUUCAGCUUCCUGUUUUUCUGGACAGUCAUUUUGUUUACUCAUUCAGCCCUGUUGCAGGUCCCAAUAAACUCUUCAUAAGGUUGACAGAAGCACCCUCUGCCAAGGUUAAGUUGCUAAUAGGUGCAUACAGAGUGCAGCUGCAGUGACCAAACAGAAGGGACUGGGCGGAGUUCUCUUCAGACCGAUUCCUAUACUCUCUUUGACAGCAGUUUGGAAUUCUUCUAGCACAUCUAUGUAAAGUUUUGUCUGUAAACCUCUUGCAGUUAAGCCUGUUGUCUGUUGUAGUCUGUAAGAUGCGACAUAGCUGUGUCUGUGCCAGUAUGCCGGAAUCUCAGUGCAGUGUCCAGACUGCGUAUUUCAGUUUUUCCACAAUGUGGAUAGUACAUAUGAGGAUUAUUUAAGAAAAUUAAAGACUUCACUUUCUUUUUUCUGGAGACGGAGUUUCGCUCUUGUUGCCCAGGCUGGAGUGCAAUGGUGCGAUCUCGGCUCACUGCAAGCUCUGCCUCCUGGGUUCAAGUGAUUCUCCUGCCUCAGCCUCCUCAGUAGCUGGGAUUACAGGCACCCGCCACGGCACCCAGCUAAUUUUGUAUUUUUAGUAGAGAUGGGGUUUAUCCAUGUUGGUCAGGCUGGUCUUGAACUCCUGACCUCAGGUGAUUCGCCCGCCUCGGCCUCCCAAAGUGCUUGGAUUACAGGCAUGAGCCACUGCACCCAGCAAGAGUUAUUUUCUUAACUUGAAAUUUUCUACUAGCCCUGGUGAACUUCUGUGCUUAAAAAAAAAAAAAAAAAGGAAAAAUUCAGCUCUAAAACAUUUGCUUACAGCAAGGGAGCCAUGUUAUAUUCAAGUUACCCAAGCACCAAAUAAAGUGUGGGUUUGCUGCCCUUCAAAGGGUUGGGAGGCCUGAUCUUUUUCUAGUAGACAGUUGCCACACAUUCCCCAAGCACAAAAGGUGGAGAUGGCAGUCACUUUGUAAAUGUGCUGUAGUCACUUAUCAUCUUUUCAAAGGGUAACAAGAGAAUCUAAGAUGUAGUAAGAAUGUAAACCAGUACACUAUGAGACCUAAAAGAGAGUAUUAAAUGUGAACUUUUAGCAGAGCGUGGUGGCUCACACCUAUAAUCCCAGCGCUUUGGAGGCUGAGGUUGGAGGAUUGCUUAAGUCCAGGAGUUCAAGACCAGCCUGGGUAACAUGGGGUGGAACAAGCCUGUAGUCCCAGAUACUCAGGAGGCUGAGGUGAAAGGAUUGCUUGAGCCAGGGAGGUCAAGGCUGCAGUGAGCCGUGAAAGGCCACUGCACUCCAGCCUGGGUGACAGAAUGAGACCUUGUCUCCAAAAAAAAAAAAAAGUUUCUUGGAAUCUAUAUGGUUGUUUUUUUUUUUUUUUGAAAAGCCAGACCUUGUGCCCUUGUUUUGAACACCGACUGGGAAGAUGGGGCUUAGGUAACAGCCAAGCCUGGCUGUCAGCUGUGUGGGAGCCACCACCCUCUCUGGGAAGAGUUCCUGCUUCUGUAUGGCAAGCAUAAAUCAAGCUCAGUCUGGGUUAUGGAGAAGUUGAAAAUUGUUUUGUUCCUCAUUAGUUUAUAAUUGUAUGAAAUACGAUUUUAAUGAAAACUUUUCAGAAUUCACGUUUGUGUAGAUAUUUCAGAGAACCAUUUUUACUUUACAUCCUAAAACUGCCUUUUCCUAUGGUUUUGUCAAUAAAACACUAUGAUGUUG